AUGAGAGACAACCUACUCUUUAUGGGAAUCAAAGAACAACCGAACGAGACUUACAAGACAUCGGAGGGACUCGUCAGGUCUUUCUUGCUUCAUCAGCUGGGUUUAUCCGAGGACGAAGUUGAGGCCAUACAAGUGGACAGGGCACACCGACUGGGGGAGCGCAAAACCGUAGCCUGCACUGACCAUAAUUUGAAGAGAGGAAAUGGGGAUCAUGGCAAACAGAGUGCCACCAGUCCCAAUGUGGUCAACCAAGCCAGGGCAAAGUUCAGAACGGUGGCCAUCAUCGCCAGAAGCUUCGGCUCCUUCACCCCGCGGCACAUCUCGCUCAAAGAGUCCACGGGAAAGCACACAGGGAUGAAAUACAGAGCGCGGCCGAGCCCCUCUGUGCACGUGCCGUGA